AUGGGUCUUACAUCUAGUUUCUAUAUAAUGUGGAGGUGUGGUGGUGGUCGGAAGGGUGGUGGUGGUGUUUGUGAAAGUGGUGAUAGUGGCGGAAACGACAUAGAUGAUGAUGGUGUUGGUGCCGACAACAAUGACGGUGGUCGUGAUGGUGGUGGUGGUGUUAGGGUUUGUGGCGGUGGUAGUGGUCAUGGAGGUGUUGUUCGUAGUUGUGGCGGUGGCAACUGUGGAGGUGACAAUGGUGACAUAGGUGUUGGUGGUGGUCUUGGUAGUGGUUAUGGAGGCGGCGUUGGUGGUUGCUGCAGUGGCAACAUAGGUAAUAGUGGUUGUGUUGGGCCGCAAAGCUGCCCCGUUCAAAGCUGCCCCACACCAAUAGCUACCACACCAGUAUCAAAGCAACAUAGGUAA